AUUUCCUGUAAAUGAUGAGGGGAGGAACAACACUGCGGGCACUGUACUAAAAACAGGAAAGACACAUCAGAACUGAAAGUGUUCAAUCAGUCAGAGGUCAGAGAGUCGCCAGAGCAGGAAGAGUAAAAGGGAAGUCUGAGACCAGUAAACCAAGAUGACGGAGGCGGACCUCAUCACCAUCCUGGGCGAUUUAAGAGAAGAGGAAUUUGAGGACUUCAAAUGGCACCUGAAGAAAGCAGAGGUGGGGGACAUCCCGCCCAUCCAGGUGAGCAAGCUGUCGGGGGCGAAGAGGCGGGACACAGUGGAUCUGAUGGUGGAGAAAUAUGAUUUUGCCGGGACUGUGGAGGUGACCAGGAACAUCUUUAAAAAGAUGAGCAGGAACGAUCUGGUGGCCAAACUGGCAAAGAUCAGCUCAGGAGCAGAAGGUCCUGGUGUCCCAACAGAGGACAGAGUCCCAACAGAGGACAGAGUCCCAGCACAGGACUGGGUCCCAGCACAGGAGAGGCUGCUCUCAGUUCGGACACAGUUUAUAAGCGGUGCGUCUGACCCUGUUCUGAACCAGCUUCUGGAUAGACUCCUUGAACGUCGCAUUAUAAAUGAUGAGGAAAUGCAGUCAGCUACAACAAAAGUCAAAGCAGAAAAAGCUCGAUACUUGAUCGACACGGUGCGAAACAAGGGACAUGAAGCCAGCUCAAUCCUGAUCGCUGCUCUCCGUGAGGUGGAUCCAUGCCUUUCCAGAAAGCUGAACUUCAACUGAAACAAAAGCAAGAAACUGGAGGCUGAGAGUGAAUCUGUAAAAGUGUUUCUGUAAUAGUCUGCCUGCAUUUUUCCCAUUGGAUUUUUAAAGAGCAUAAAAAAUUAAACAGAGACAAAAAAAAACCUUCCUCUUGUUUCUCUCACGUUCUUCUUUUUACACUUAAAUAUAUUAGGAAACAUUGAAAUAUGCAAAAAUAUAACCUUAAAAACACAAAACUCAAUGAACAGAGCCAGCGUCUGAUUUUAGAUUUGUGCAACAUUCUGGAGCCUCAGUUUAAGCGAAACGCUCUCAGGUCAAAUCCUGUGUCUCCACAUGUGCAAGUACUACAAUUACUGUGCACCAUCUGCCGACACAGCACUUACACUAUAACACCUUUUGCCAUUGUCAGGUUUUUAAGUUUUCUAUAAUGCCAGUACGAGGGCUGCACCGUGUGGUAAAAACAUCAUAUUUGCGGUUAGUGUGGAAAUAAAUUAAUAAAUAGAAAUUUGUUCUGUUUGGGUCUGUACCAAAAAAAUAUGUUUUCUUAAAUCUGCAGAAGAUUUGUCGACCAAGACGUCUCUACAACUACAGUUCUUCAUUAUAAAGCUGUUUGUCACAUUUUAAUUUUAGCAAAAAAAUGCAGCUCUGAGCUUUGCAUUUUGCACUUGGCCAUGUUGUGACCUCGAUAAUAUUUUGAUGAAUCGUGCAGCCCUAGCCAGCACUGAAGCUCUUCUAGAUAUACAUCCUAAAUGUCAAUAUCUGACCAAUAUAUCAAUAUCUAAUGGAUAUCCUAUUAUAUUUAUCUAGUAUCUAAAAUAAUAAAUAAAAAUGAGUGUAUCAAGUUUCCUUGCAUUCCACAAUGGGGGGGAUUAAGCGAAACAAUGUAUAGAAUUUAUUUGACAUUUCUUUAAUUGAAAUGACAACCUGUAAUAAUAUGGUACAUGGGGAGCUUUGAAGAAAGUAAACUUGAGUAAUGUACUACCUGCUCAGCCUGUAAACACAGGUGCAUGUGUGUUGCUAUGGGUCCUGUAGGUUAAGCAGAUACUGGAUGACUGCAGUUUGUCCGGUUGAAACAAACUAUUGAACAGAGACUGAGAGAUCAGCUUGUGCAAAAAACUGCAGAGUAAUCUCAGAAACAUUCAACUUUCAAUGAUUUGUAUCGCACCGAUUCAUGAUCUCAGGACACUUUUCACAUACAGCAGGUCUAAACUGUACUCCUCAUAAUAUAUAUAACAGGGCUUGUGAUGUUCAUGUAGGAUUUAAGCUUGGUUUGAAUGAAAGAAAAUAAUGAAUUAUAGAGAAACUGGGUCUCGUCUCUUCUUUGUUUAAGUAGCAAUUGUUCGUGCUUCGUCCUGCCGUGUGCUAUCACUACUGUAGGUUCUGUUCAUGCUCUGUACCAUGUGAUCACAGUGUUACUGCAGAAUGUUGUGAUGUCAGUUAGGAAGGCCCCUGACAGAUAAGAAAGAAGAAUUGGAUUAGUAUUUUGGUGUCACAAACAUAAAACGACCAGAACCGAACUCUUGCUGUAAGGACAGUGAGGGAAUCCUCACCGGGGGAAGCUGGCUGCAGUGAAACGCCGGUGUAAAUGAACUUAUUGUUGCUUUGGUCUAAAUAAAUGUCAUGUUGUGUAACAGUCCAAUAAACCGAAGAACUCAACACA